AUGAAACUCGCAGCUGCAAGAAAAUCCCUCCUUCAUCUUCCCGCGCUGCCGAAAACCGGCAGAAUUUCCGGCUUGAGACACUUCUCCGGCGAGAUCGACGAUACACAGAAACCUCUUCCGCCGCCGCCAACCUCAUUUGCCGUUCCCGAAAUAGUCUCCCUUCUCAAAACUACCGAUCACAAUGACUGGAUUUCCAACUCGCAGCUGGUUGAAUUUAUUUAUUCUCCUCCUUCCCCAACUUCCCUUCUCAAAAUAACCCGCCAAUUGGGGUCCACUGAAAAAGCUUUACAGUUUUUUGAAUUCUUCAAGACUCAUAGUUCGAGUUCAUCAUCAAACCCCUCUUCUCUUUCCUUCACAUUUCAAGCUAUUCUCGAACAAGCAAUGCAUGAAGAAAAAUCUGACGUACCCGGUAAGCUAUUUCAACUGUUUUCCUUUGCUAAAGACCGAAAAAUCCCUUUAUCGAUCAAUGCUGCGACUCUUCUUAUGCGAUGCUUUGGGCGAGCCAAAAUGCUCGAGGAAUCGAUAUCUGUGUACAAUGAGCUAGACUCGGAUUCAAGAAAUACAAAUGUGGUUAAUUUGUUGUUGGAUUGUUUGUUUCGUGGAGUGAAUAUUGAUGAUGGGUUCAAGGUGCUCGACGAAAUGCUCAAAAGGGAUAGUGAUUUUCCUCCGAACAAUAGUACGGUGGAUAUUGUUCUGGAUGCUAUGUGGAAGAGAAAUUGGGUGGGGAGAAGGAUGAGUGUGGAGGAAAUUUGUGGACUUCUUGUGAGAUUCUUCGAGCAUGGUGUGUUCUUGGAUGAUGUGUGGUUUACUAAAUUGAUUACCAAGUUUUGUCGAAGUAGAAAGUGUGAUAAGGCCUGGGACCUUUUGCAUGAUAUGAUGAAGUUGGGUGGUCAGGUGAAAGCCUCUUCAUUCAAUGCCCUUUUGAGUGGGUUAGGCCGGGAGCAUGAUUUUCAAAAGAUGAAUUUGCUUAUGAAUGAGAUGAAGGAAAAGGAAGUUAACCCAGAUGUUGUGACAUUUGGGAUUUUCAUCAAUCAUUUAUGCAAAUGUUGCAGGGUCGAUGAGGCACUUCAGGUGUUCGAGAAGAUGGGAAGGAGUGAAACUGAUGGUGUUCUUGUUAAGCCAGACGUUGUUCUCUACAAUACAUUGAUUGAUGGACUUUGCAAGGUCGGGAAACAAGAAGAAGGGUUAAAGUUGAUGGAGAAGAUGAGAUUGGAGAAUGGACAUGUACCUAAUACUAUUACCUACAAUUGCUUGAUAGAUGGUUUCUGCAAAGCAGGUGAGAUUGAGAGGUCAUUAGAGCUUUUUGACCAGAUGAAAAAGGACAGGGUUGUGCCAAAUGUCAUAACUAUGAAUACUUUGCUCCAUGGAAUGUGUAAGUUCGGGAGAGUUAGCAGUGCUAUGAGAUUUUUUGCUGAGAUGCAAGAGAAGGGUUUAAAGGGGAAUGUGAUCACGUACACCGUCCUCAUUACCACUUUUUGUAGUGUCAACAAUAUUGACAGAGCAAUGAGUUUGUUCAAUGAAAUGUCAGAAAAUAGGUGUCUCCCUGAUGCCAAAGUAUACUACAGUUUGAUCAUGGGCCUUUGCCAGGCUCGAAGAACAGAUGACGCCUCCUGUAUUGCUUCAAAGGCGAAAGAAGCUGGGAUUGGCUUGGAUAUUAUCUGCUACAAUGCUUUGAUUGGGGCACUUUGCAGGAAAAAUAAGAUUGAUGAAGCUCAUAAGAUGCUUAAAGAUAUGGAAGAGGCAGGUAUCAAACCUGACUGUUACACCUACAACACUUUGAUAUCAUAUUUCAGCGAGAAGGGGCAAUUUACAACUGCCAGUAGAAUUAUGAAGAGGAUGAUUGAUGAUGGUUUUUUGCCUAAUGUUGUUACAUAUGGAGCAUUAAUUCAUGCAUAUUGCUUAGCUGGAAAUCUUGAUGAAGCUAUGAAAAUAUUCCAGAAUUUGAGUUCGGCUAUUAAUGUGCCACCAAACACAGUCAUAUACAAUAUUUUGAUUGACACUCUCUGCAAGAGUGACAAAGUAGAAGCUGCUAUUUCUUUGUUGGGUGAAAUGAAGGACAAAGGGGUAAGACCAAAUACCAAAACAUACAAUGCCCUCUUUAAAGGUCUUCAGGAGAGGAAUUGGGUGGAAAAGGCAUUUGAAAUAAUGGACCAAAUGACUGAAAAUGCUUGUAAUCCUGACUACAUUACCAUGGAAGUCCUCACUCCAUGGCUUUCUGACAUUGGUGAAACAGAAAAGUUGCGAAGUUUUGUGGAAGGAUACGAGGUUUCUACUUCAACUGCCUAAUACUAACUGGAACUGAAGAUACUUUCCUAAUUCUGCUGUGAUGUUCACUGGGCAUGUCGAGAUUCUUUUGCAGUCAGUUGAGGUCUCAUUUGGAUAGUUUUCUCGACCUUUUGGCUAAGAUCAAAUGGAAUGUGAGAGGUCUCAUUUGGUCUUCAAGCUCUGUGCUGUCAUUUGACAUACCUGCAUUGAUGCAUAAGUUGUUGUGUAGGUACACAAAUCACGUUCUAUGAAGACAUCUCCAUUCAUUGCCCUUUGAAUGAACUGAUUAUCAUUUGGACACAACAAAAUGGUGUCACAAAUUUGGUGGUCGUGCUGAUUUGUAUUUUCAAAUUUCAUCCAAGUUGUAGCUGGUGUA